AUGUCAGCUGCGGCCAAGAAGCUUAUAGUCUGCGGAGGCAAUGGCUUCUUAGGGUCCCGGAUCUGCAAAUAUGCCGUGGCUAGAGGUUGGGACGUUACAUCAGUCAGCCGCUCAGGUGAGCCACGAUGGGAAAAUGUCACAUCCACCGCAACUCCUCCACCAUGGGCUCACAAGGUCUCAUGGGAGCGAGCCAACAUCCUUGAGCCUUCAACUUAUGCGCCCUUGCUCAAGGGUUCCGACUACGUCGUUCACAGCAUGGGUAUUCUGUUAGAAGCUGACUACAAGGGCGUCGUCUCCGGUCGAGAAUCUCCCAUUGCAGGACUUCAAAAAGCAUUUGCUUCAGUGCGAGAUCGAGGCGUUGACCCCAUCCACAGCCAGCCCGGAGAGAGCAUCAAGCCCUCCAAUACCAAGGAUCAACUAUCGUAUGAAGUCAUGAACAGAGACAGCGCAAUCGCACUUGCGAAACAUGCCGCUGCCGAGAACACCGGCGCUUUCUGUUUCAUCUCUGCUGCAGCUGGAGCGCCGGUCCUUCCUCAUCGAUACAUUUCUACCAAAAGAGAGGCCGAAGCUGCUAUAACAAGCAACUUUCCUCAAAUGCGUGGCAUCUACAUGCGGCCGCCGUUCAUGUAUGAUAGCUCACGCAAGAUGACCAUGGGCCUCGCUGCGGCAGCUGGUGCCGCAUCCUUCUUCAACAGCCUGACAGGCAACGUCUUGAAGAACUUCAUGGGGGCAGCAGGGACAAAACCUCUUCAAGUUGAUACAGUAGCAGAGGCUGUGGUCGAGGCGCUCGCGGAUGAGACAAUCAAGGGUCCCGUGGAGCUUGAGCGGAUUGAAGAACUCGCGUCCAAGGGGUGGAGGAAGACGAUGCUAUGA